AUCUAAUGGAGUUUAUUAUACUUUACAUAAUCUUUGCCCAAACCUUCAACAAUCUUGGAAGUUAAAACCCUGAUUUCUUCCUAAAAUCUCAAAGGCAAUCUUUUUCUCUCCAGCAUCUUUACGGCCCUCGCUGGCGCUCAUUCUCCUUCACGCAGCAGCACCGUCUCUCGCUGCUGCCGUCGUCAUCUCUCGCCUCAGUUGUUAGUCCGCCGCCCUUGCGUUGUUCCGUUCGUCAGCGUCAGCAACUCCGUCGCCCGUUUCAAAUCAGAACAGCUCUUUAGAUUAAUCUAGUAGAUUACAAGGAUUUGGACACAAUGGUGCUGAUGUCUAGGAGUACUUGGCCUAUGUUGGAGCAUAGAGCCUUGAUCACCACUCAAGUCUUUUGCUAGAAGCUUCAAUGAUGGUGGGAACAAGGGUUAUAUUUGGGUUGCUUGUGGCUUUUCCUAUUACACUAGUGUUCUACAUCUUGCCAUCACUCUAAGACUGCUUCACUUUAAGUAAUAUUCAUGUCCAUUUUCUCGAGUUCUUUUUCAAUCUUCAGUGUUAUGAUACAUCACCAUUGUGGUUCAUAUCUUAGUCGAAUCCUCAUCACCUCAGUUCAUUUCUAUUCUACUUUUACAACUUCUCCUCCCACCAUUCCCCUCAUUUCCUUAUUGAGACAAUGCAAGACGUUGAUCAAUGCGAAGCUUGCUCACCAGCAAAUUUUUGUCCAUGGCUUCACCGAAAUGUUCAGCUACGCCGUUGGUGCCUAUAUCGAGUGUGGUGCUUCUGCAGAAGCUGUAUCACUCCUCCAACGUCUUAUACCGUCACAUUCCACCGUUUUCUGGUGGAAUGCACUGAUUCGACGCUCUGUGAAACUUGGUCUCCUUGAUGAUACAUUGGGUUUUUAUUGUCAGAUGCAGAGGCUUGGGUGGUUGCCUGACCAUUACACCUUUCCUUUUGUUCUCAAAGCCUGUGGUGAGAUACCAUCGUUACGGCAUGGUGCUUCAGUUCAUGCCAUAGUUUGUGCAAAUGGAUUAGGGUCAAAUGUAUUUAUUUGUAAUUCAAUUGUGGCUAUGUACGGGCGAUGUGGGGCAUUGGAUGAUGCACACCAAAUGUUCGAUGAGGUGCUUGAAAGAAAGAUUGAAGACAUUGUGUCUUGGAAUUCAAUUCUUGCUGCUUAUGUACAAGGUGGGCAGUCAAGAACUGCCCUUAGAAUUGCUUUUCGAAUGGGUAACCACUACAGUCUUAAACUUCGCCCGGAUGCAAUCACGCUUGUGAAUAUUCUUCCUGCUUGUGCGUCAGUAUUUGCACUUCAACAUGGUAAGCAGGUACAUGGAUUUUCAGUACGAAAUGGAUUGGUGGAUGAUGUAUUUGUAGGCAAUGCUCUCGUGAGUAUGUAUGCCAAAUGCUCAAAGAUGAAUGAGGCGAACAAGGUCUUUGAGGGGAUAAAGAAGAAGGAUGUGGUUUCUUGGAAUGCUAUGGUCACCGGGUAUUCUCAGAUUGGUAGCUUUGAUAGUGCCCUUUCCUUGUUUAAGAUGAUGCAAGAGGAAGAUAUCAAGUUAGAUGUGAUAACGUGGAGUGCUGUAAUUGCUGGGUACGCUCAAAAGGGGCAUGGUUUUGAAGCCCUUGAUGUAUUUAGACAAAUGCAGCUUUAUGGGUUGGAGCCCAAUGUUGUUACUCUCGCGUCUCUUCUUUCAGGUUGUGCAUCUGUGGGAGCAUUGCUUUAUGGGAAGCAAACACAUGCGUAUGUCAUAAAAAAUAUUCUCAACUUGAAUUGGAAUGAUAAAGAGGACGACUUGUUGGUUCUCAACGGUCUAAUUGAUAUGUAUGCUAAAUGCAAAAGCUAUAGAGUCGCUCGCAGCAUUUUUGACUCGAUAGAAGGAAAAGACAAGAAUGUGGUGACUUGGACUGUGAUGAUUGGUGGAUAUGCUCAGCAUGGGGAAGCCAAUGAUGCAUUAAAACUGUUUGCUCAGAUAUUUAAACAGAAGACCUCUUUAAAGCCUAACGCCUUUACUCUAUCAUGUGCCUUGAUGGCUUGUGCACGUUUGGGCGAGUUAAGGCUUGGAAGACAACUCCAUGCCUAUGCUUUGCGGAAUGAAAAUGAGUCUGAGGUUUUAUAUGUAGGCAAUUGCCUCAUUGACAUGUAUUCCAAAUCGGGGGACAUUGAUGCUGCUCGAGCUGUGUUUGACAACAUGAAAUUACGAAAUGUUGUUUCUUGGACUUCUUUGAUGACGGGCUAUGGUAUGCAUGGUCGUGGUGAAGAAGCUUUGCAUCUUUUUGAUCAAAUGCAGAAACUGGGUUUUGCUGUUGAUGGGAUUACCUUUCUUGUCGUUUUAUAUGCUUGUAGUCACUCUGGAAUGGUGGAUCAAGGCAUGAUCUACUUCCACGAUAUGGUCAAGGGCUUUGGGAUUACCCCUGGAGCCGAACAUUAUGCAUGUAUGGUCGAUCUCUUGGGUCGUGCAGGUCGUCUUAACGAAGCAAUGGAACUCAUCAAAAACAUGUCAAUGGAGCCGACUGCAGUUGUAUGGGUGGCAUUAUUAAGUGCCAGUAGAAUCCAUGCAAAUAUUGAGCUUGGGGAAUAUGCAGCAAGUAAAUUGACAGAGUUAGGGGCAGAGAACGAUGGUUCAUACACAUUACUUUCAAACUUGUAUGCAAAUGCACGACGUUGGAAAGACGUAGCAAGAAUUAGGUCAUUGAUGAAGCAUACCGGGAUCAGAAAGAGGCCGGGAUGUAGUUGGAUACAAGGGAAGAAAAGCACUACAACUUUCUUUGUAGGUGAUAGAAGUCAUCCAGAAUCAGAGCAAAUAUACAAUCUUCUUUUGGAUUUGAUUAAACGAAUAAAAGACAUGGGGUACGUUCCUCAAACGAGCUUUGCUCUUCAUGAUGUUGAUGAUGAAGAGAAAGGUGAUCUCCUGUUUGAGCAUAGUGAAAAGUUGGCUGUUGCUUAUGGGAUUUUAACAACAGCCCCAGGACAGCCAAUUCGGAUACACAAGAAUUUGCGCAUCUGCGGUGAUUGCCACAGUGCCUUAACCUACAUUUCCAUGAUUAUUGACCACGAGAUCGUAUUGAGAGACUCGAGUAGGUUCCAUCAUUUCAAGAAAGGCUCAUGUUCUUGUAGAAGCUAUUGGUGAUGGAAAAAUUCAGACGAAACUUUGAGCCACAACUGCACGAUUGUUGCUCUCUCAUUCUCUCAACUCUCUCUAGCACUUCCUGCUUGAGUCAUUGCUCCUAGGUCUGCGAGUCCACUUGGGGUUUUGAAAGAUUUGAUGUUCUCAGUCAUCUGAUGCGAAUAGGUGACAUGUAGGUUGGGUAUUUAUGUCUCCACUUAAGGUUUUUAUAAAUUCUACUCAUGGGAUGCGAUAGGCUGUAGCUGUUUAAUUUCACAGAUGGGAAGCAGGGCAAAGUUUGGAAAGAAAUUAAUUCAUCUAUUGAAUGUUUCUGUAUUCAGUGACAGUUUAAUUGUUGUAAAUGAUCGGAGAGCGAGUAGUUCAUUCACGAAGAGGGGUUCAAUGAUUUACAUAAACAUUAAUUUAUAAGAGCAGUUCGGUUAUAUAGGGAUUUGAUUCAAGACCUCUUUGAAAGUGAAAAUAAAGAGAGUGUCCUCACAAACUGGACCAGAAUGUGCUGCCCUUCCACCGUGGAACUCCUAUGACCCAUUUUCUUGGAUUAGUUCUAAAGAGUUCCUAACAAAUUCAGAGAUGAUUGCCAAUCAGCUUAAAUCUAAGGAUAUGAGCUUUAUUGUAAUGUAAUGAAGGUAGUUGGUGUUUCUUGAGAAAUUAUUCAGUUAGGCCGCCAUGAUGUAGUUGGACUCCCAUGCACGAGUAGCAAUAAAUGCACUCAUCGUCAGUCGUCUCCUUCUGCUCGUAGAACUCAAGGGUUGGCAACUGCAUCUUUCCUUUGGCACCAACAACCCGAGGAGUGAUGAGACUGGCUAGCAAUAAUUUUGUCCCCUCAAGUGAUAAGGUUGUACUUUUUGAGGUGUUUCGAAGUGCUGCCCAGCAGAUGCUGAGGUUUCAAUGAGCUUUUGGUAACAAUGGAAUAAGGAAGUUGCGUUUGGGAGAGGUAAAUGAGCCAUAAAUGUCAAAAACCCUAAAAAAACCCAUCCACCAUCAAACUUCCUCAACUCCUCGUCAUCCUCAGUCGUCACCUCACGUAUACUCGUCGUCUCUCCAAGAAUGUCUUUAAAAAGUAUGUUCUUAGGAGAACAAUUUAUUUUAGAAUUUUGUGAGAUUUUGUGGAAUUUUAUGUUGUAACUUAAAUUUUUUGUUUUUAUUUUGAAUGCUGGUGUAAAAAUGUAUGUUAGAUACUUAAAUUAGUAUAGUACAGAGAUAUAAGCGUAAUUAAAUAUGUAACCGUUUGAUGGUUAUAAAUAGGGAAGUUGGUGAGGAAAGGAAGGGAGAUCAAUUUUGUGGUAGUUUUUCUACUCUCUUCCUUGAGAGGUAUAUAUCAAUUGAAUAAAAACACCCAGUGUUCUAUCAAUGUAUUAAUAAUAUUACUUUUUAACGUCUUUUUUUUUA